UUCGAGCAUCCUGGCUAAGAUGAAAUAAUAUUAUCUAAAAGAUUGUAGGAUAAGUGAAAAUGAUAUGUGAUGAUUCGUUUUAUUUUGGAAUGAUAUUAGUUCUGGCCCGACAAAGUGCUUAAUUCCCUGUAGACUGUAACCAUGGCUAAAUGGAAAUUAUCCCGUCAAACAUUUGGAAAUGAUGUUUUUGAAUUAACCGAAGGAGAUAAAGUUACAAUCGGCAGGGGAUUGAACAACAACAUAACACUAUCAAGUAUUGUCAUAUCCCGAAACCACUGCAUACUAGAUGUGAAGAGAGAUGAAGUAUCAAUCACCGAUUUAAAGAGUUCCAAUGGUAUAUAUGUUGGACUUAAGAGAAUACCAUCAAAUAUUCCAUACAUACUGACUAAAUCUGAUGUAAUUGGUUUUGGAUGGACUGUUGGAGCUCAACUUCCUAAAAUCAAUGAUGAAGAAAAAUAUGUUUUUAAAUUAGAAAAGUGUUUGACAUCUAUCUCGCAGCGAAUACAAUUUCAGGAUAAUGAACUAGAUGAUAUAGAAGCAGAAAUUGCAUCACUCGAUGCAAUAAAAAUUAGUCCAAAAACAAAAGAACUUUCACCUAUAUUUCACAGAAAGUUACAGUUGAAACGCAAACUAAAUCUUAAGGUUGAAAAUGAUAAAAUCAGUAAAGAAAUAUUACAUACAGAGGUUGCACAAAUUCAUGACAAUGUUAUUGACCUUGUAUCAGAGAGUGAAAAUGAAACAAAUAAAAGGCAAGAUUGUGCUGCAAAGAAAAUUAAGUUGGAACCAGAUAACAAAGAUGAAAUAAAACAGACUAUUAAAUCUGAGAAUGAAGAUUUUCAGUAUGAAGCAUUUAAUGUUAAGCAAGAGUAUCUGGGUUAUAACGAUGAGCCUAUAGAAAUAAUUAGUGACAGUGAUAGUGAAUCAGAACAUUGGUUCAGAAGGCUAUCCCAAAGUUCACCAGGCAAACCACUGAAAAACGAUAUAAGAGAGAGAAAAACAGACACUGGACCUGAAGAUGGUUCCUAUAGUCAAAUUGAUGAUGUAUUUGAAAUAAAAGAUGAUGAAUAUGAUGAUGAAGAAUUUUUGCAAGAUUUGAUAUCUAUUCCUUUACAACCACCAGCAAAUGAGCUUUGCAAUGAAGAAUCUUCUGGUUUACUAACUAAGGAGGUGCCCCAGGAAAUAAUAGACAAGCCUAACACAGAACUUGGCGAUAUUCCGCCUGAUUCUAAUAUUAUAAAAGAAUUUAAGAAAAUCGGUACACGAGAUACAAUACUAGAAAACAUUUUCAAUGAAGAUAGUUCCACAAAAGAAGUAGACAAUGUCCUUUCUGCUGAUGUCUUGGAUCUAAUAGAUGGGCCAGUUACUCAUAUACAACAAAACAAUAAUAGAGCAUCAAAAAUGAUUAAAAUGAUUGAACCACUUAACAAAUCCAAAAAGAAGUCGCACUCUGUCCUUCCUAAAAAGUCUGAGAGUAAAUCUAAAUCUUCAAAAGCCAGAAAAGAUUCUUCUUCCAAAAAAAUAACAAACUCACAAAAAGAAGAAAGGAAGAAAAAACUUAAGCAGAUUGCUUGUAAAGAUAAGGAUAUUGAUGAUACCCAAAAAGAUUUAGCAAAUAAUGCUAACAAGCCUGUAAUUAAUGUUAAAGUUACUACAUCAAAUCGUGGGGCUUUUCUUACUGAUGUUAAUCAUGCUACUAUCAAGCCUACUAAAAGAAAAAAUUGUCCAUUAGAAGGAAAAGACAGAAAUAGAAUAGGAUCACCAAAAUAUGAAACAAUAACAUCUGUUAAAUCCAACCUGAGCAAGAGUGAUGAACCCAUUACAGAGAAAAUAAAAAAAUCUAAAGAGCAACCUGAACAAAAAGAAGCUGGGAUUAAUUCCAACACUGAGUCACUUAAAUUUCAAAGGAUUGUUGAUACAGACACAAGAACUCCUUUCAAAAGUUUAAAGCCGCUUACAGAAAAGGAAGAAUCAUGUUUAGGGAAGCCUGUGUCUAAAGUAGAACCUCUACCUCCUAAGAAACCAAAGAAGACUGUCAGUUUCUCCAAACAACUACAUGAAACACGUGUCUUUGAAAUUGAACCUGGACACAAAAUGAAGAAAACAAGCUUGGCAAAAACAGCCUUAGUUGACAUACAAAACAGGAAAAUAUUCUCCCUGGAAAAAAUAACACUGAUAACAAUCCUUCGUUGGAACCCUCACUGGCUUAACGAACAAAUGAAAAUAGCUGAUCCACCUCCAAUACUAAGUACUAAAAGUCCACCUAUGACGAUUUGUCAUUCUUUUGACAGCCACAGACGUUAUAUUAAAGUCGUUGGAGACCUGCUACUUAUGGAAAUUUGGGAAAUCAUUACACAAAAUUUUAAUCGGAAAUUUAAUCAAAAUAAUGAGUUUCAAUUUCGGAUAGAAACAUGUCCGUUGGAACCGCCCACACAAGAUCGGCAUAUUCUUUUAUCAAACAUGACUGUUAACUUGUCACUGCCGACGUCUGACAUCAAACGUUUACCCCGUAUCGGAGACAUAUUAAUACUGGAAUUUGGGUUUGAGAAUGCUAGAUGUAGCAGAUUCGUCUAUGUUCACAAUAUUAGAUACCUACCAUCACCACCAAACAAUAAAAACUCAUUCUUUAGUUUGUCGCUGAACGCAACAUUUACAGAUAAGAUGAAGCUUUUAAAACCCGGCGAAUUAAUAAUAGGCCGAUCUUUGGCACAUCUAAAGAAUGAAUUGGGUUUAUUUGAAGCAAUCGAAUACUUACAUGAAUCACCUUUAAGUGAAGCUAUUUUGAGGCCCGAACCACGGCAUUAUCGGAAAACUGAACUCUACAAAAACAUUAAUUUAGAUACACAGUGGACAAUGGAACUAAACCCUAGUCAGAAGUUGGCAGUCAGCAACUCCGUGUCCGCCGCGCUCGGGGAUCGGCCCGGGAUACAGAUGGUGCAGGGUCCUCCAGGCACAGGAAAAUCGGGUGUUAUUUGUGCCAUAGUAAUGACAUAUUUUUACAACGCUUCGGGCAAGAAACAUCAAAACAGAGACAAAAUCUUAAUAUGUGCCACGAGCAACGCCGCCGUCGAUGAGUUAGUUAUCAGACUGCUCAAAAUCAGACAGAGCCUACCAAAAACGGAGCGGUUCGGCAUGGUACGCGUGGGACGGCUGGAGUCCAUGCACGAGCGCGCGGCAGACAUAAGCUCGCAGCGACUCGCGCAGCGGGACGCAGAACGUUCGCAGUGCGACUACGCGCCCGGAGCCGUCGAGGAGAUUUCUCACUUGCAAGCAAAAAUUAACAUGUGGAAGGCGGCACAACGAGAUGCGAAAAACCCGGAGCGAGUGGCUUACUGCCAGAGCCGUGUUAAAAAUAUCGAAAAUAGACUUACUCUGCUUCGAAGCUCGGUCGGAUCUUCCACCGGGCCGCUUACGGGCAGCCAUCUCAUAGAGGCUGAAAAACGCAGCAUAGAUGGCGCAGACAUUGUCGUCUCUACUUUGUCAAGCUCUCUUCACUCCAAGAUGAGGGGGCUCAAAGGUCGCAUAGCUCUGUGCAUAGUGGACGAAGCGGGACAGGCGAUCGAGCCUCAGACGUUGAUCCCGCUCACUCUGGACGUUAGGAACCUCACCCUCAUCGGGGACCCGCAACAACUACCGGGCUACAUACAGUCACAGCGAGCCAAAAACCACGGUCUCGGCGAGAGUUUGUUCGCCCGGCUGACGUCUUGCUCAGAGCAGUGGCUAGAGUCUCCCGUAGUGCUGCUAGACCACCAGUAUCGCAUGCACGCCGCCAUCGCGGAUUAUCCGAACCGCGCGUUCUACGACGGCCGCGUGCGGACCGUACCGCCGCCGGAAAUAGGACUCGACGCGCCGCCUUACCUCGUACUAGGCAUAUCGAGCGGAGACAAAGCACAAGGAGCUUCAGGCGCGAAUGAGACAGAGGGAUGGGUCGUGGCGCGGCUGGCGGUGGCCCUCGCCAAGGAGGCGCGUGCGCGGUCUCUGACCUUCGCAAUCCUCACCCCCUACUGCGCACAGAGAGAGUUGCUGCGGGAAACUUUACGCUCACUGCAAGCGCCGUCGGAACCACGCGUGGAGGUGAACUCGGUGGACAGCUUCCAGGGCCAGGAACGCGACGUGGUGGUGUUGUCGCUGGCGCGCAGCAACGGCGUGGGUUUCCUCGAAGACGCGGGCCGCAUGAACGUCAUGCUCACUCGCGCACGGCAACAUCUCUUCAUCUGUCUAAACCCGAUGGCUUUUGUCAAUGACUUUCAAUGGCAGACAUUAAUCGACGAUGCAAGAAAAAGAAAUGUCUAUAAAACACUCCCGAACACAUUAUGCCAACCGUCAUCGCCUCGCGAAUCUUCCAGUAGUAUUCUGAGCUAUGUAUUAAAUCCGAAAUCAAGUUAUCAAAAACGAUGAACUUGAUUAUGGUUUUAAUUGCCAAUUUGGCAUUUUUAUGUUAUACAAAGCAGCUUUAUUUAGUGUUUAAUUAUUAACUCUCUAUGCGUUUUUUACGAAUAUUGAUUUGUAUAAACAUCCGUAGCAACUGAGUAUAAAACAAAGACGCUUUUCGCGUCUGUCUGUUUAUCUGCCAACUCCUCCCUAACCACGCAACAGAUUUUAAUGGAGAUUUCACCAUUGCAUCGUGUACAUAUUGGCAGAUGGUUUAUGUAUAUCCCAAAGCCUUUUUUUCUAAUUUAUACUCGUGUGAAGCCUGGGCGGGUCGCUAGUAAUAUAGAAAACAUUGCUAAAGCCGGAUUUUGAAUUUACUGGGGUAAAUUGACGUGUACGGUGUUAUCAUAUUUUGAUGGAAAGAAAAUAAUGGUGUGACAAAAAGUCAAAUGAAUGAUUUACAAUGAGUGAGUGAGUGAGUGAGUGAGGUGCUUACUUACAAGAACAAGUGAUUAAUAUGAACACAAUUUUUUUAAACAAAUCUGCAAUGAGUUUUUAAUUAACACCUAAUGACACCUAACUACAAAUUAUAUUCAUAGUUACACAUCACUAUUAUUAGGUAUAUUCCUAUUAGCUUUUCGCAAGUGAAGUGAGUGACAUUAGCAACCGUCAGUUUGCUCCAGUCCAGUGAAUUCAGAUCCGACUUUAGACACCAGCUGUAACAAUUAUCACCGAUAAAAGUAAACCAAAAAAUGUCAACCCUUUGUAAUGGAAAUGACUUAACAUCGCAUUUGCAAAUUUAUGUGUGUGCGUGUGAAGUUUUAGCUGAAACCUUGCUAUAUUAUCUUGUGCCAUAUGAAUCCGUUAUAACUUACCACAUUAUGUUAUCUCUGUUUAUCUCCACGAAUUUUUAUGAAAACUUUGCACAGUUUUAUCUGUAAAACUAUUGAUCCCAUUACUAAAAGUUGUAUAAUAAAAGUUAAUAAAUAAUUAUACAUAAAUGCUUUAAGAUCACUUCAGCAUAGCUACUACCAUUCCUGUUAAACUUGUAAACCAAUUAGUGAAUAAUAUAAAUUGAAAAAAACCAAUAAUGUUUUUCAAGGGUCAAACACGUUUUACUAUUUACGUUUUAUGUGAUAAUAUUAAUAAGUAAUAACAUCGCUUAAAUUUUUAGAAUAUGAAAAUGUUUUUACUUACGUUUUUACUUAUUGCCAUGGGUAACUAAGUGUGUUUGUUUGAUGUUUUGCACAUCUUUCACGCAGCAAUGAGUAUUGCUCAUUGCUCGAGCUUGAUUGGACACAGCAGCGGCAUUUUUCAGGACGUGUUACUUGCAUGCCCUGCGAAGUGUAGCUCUGUUUACCUAUAGGCGAUGGUUUUUCGCUUACGGCGAUCUGCCUGAUGUGUCAAUUACUACUAUAAAAUAAACUGAUUUCUGUAAUAGUUUCUUGUUACCGUAUAAAACUUGAUAGUCCUUAUGAGAUAGAUCUGAGAAAUGAAAUAUUUGAACUUCUUUGAUAAAAUUAAGUUUCGGUUGGUUAGAAUAAAAUACACCCAGUACUUUUAAUCAAGCAAUAAUUGUAUAUACUAAUAAUUAACCCGAAGUUUGUUAUUUUCUUUGUUUGCUGGAACGAGCUUAUGUCUGAAAAUACCCGUCGCAUUUGAUAUUUUUUCGUUUGAUUUCCAAUUCGCGAGGAAUAUAUGGACUGUUAUAUAUUUCAUAUCUAUGAGCCGAGUAAAUUCAGAGAGAACGUAAAAGACGUGUAUAUAUAUAUUUUCAUGAUUGGUUAAGUAGUUACAUCUAGCACAGUAAAUACAUUAAAGCAGUAUGGUAACUACGUACAAAUGUGCGAAACAGCACACUCACACAGAUGCACAUCUUUACGAGUCCUCGAAGCCAUUAUCGAAGUAGUUUA